CACGACGAGGGAGGGGAGAAGCCCUAGCCGCCGCCUUCCUUUCCCCGUUUGCUUCUCCGCGACACGAGACGAGACGACGCAGGGUUUUUUUGGGAUCUUGCGGCGGCGCCCGGAGAUGAGGCCCGUGUUCGUGGGGAACCUCGACUACGACACCCGCCACUCGGAGCUCGACCGCCUCUUCUACCGCUAUGGCAGGAUCGACCGCAUCGACAUGAAGUCAGGCUUUGCUUUUGUCUACUUUGAGGAUGAGCGUGAUGGUGAUGAGGCCAUACGGGACCUUGAUGGUUAUCCUUUCGGCCCUGGGAGGCGCAGGCUUUCGGUGGAGUGGUCAAGGGGUGAUCGUGGUUCCAGACGUGAUGGCUAUAGCAAACCACCAGUGAAUACUAAACCCACGAAGACGCUGUUUGUCAUUAACUUUGAUCCCAUCAACACUAGAGUCACUGACAUCGAAAGGCAUUUUGAACCAUUUGGAAAGCUUUCGAAUGUUCGGAUUAGGAGGAACUUUGCUUUUGUGCAGUUUGAAACACAGGAAGAAGCCACAAAGGCACUUGAAGCUACUCAUUCUACCAAGUUAUUGGACAGGGUGAUUUCUGUUGAGUAUGCCUUUAGGGAUGAUACAGAACGAGGUGACAGGUAUGAUGGUGCAAAAGGUGGCUAUGGUAGGCGAGAUGAUAGUCCGUAUCGCCGAUCUGCUAGCCCAGUGUAUCGGUCACGCCCAAGUCCUGACUAUGGUCGUGCAAGGAGUCCCAUUUAUGGUUCGUACCAGAGGAGUCCUGUUAACGAUCGCUAUCGAAGCCGUUCUCCUGUCCAGAGAUCAAGAUCCCCUCUUGCGAGCAGAAGAGCUUAUGACUGACUGGGUUUAUCUCAAUGGUGGUUGCAGAAGGGCUCGCAUCUUCCUCUAUAGAUCUAGCACUAAUAGCCAGAACUUGUGGUGUACUCUGGAGCUUUUACCUUUAGUUGACUUAAAGUCUUAAACUCCGUACUAUAAUCUUUAGAUAUAUGUGCUUCUAAGACCCCAACCAUGUGCGAUGUAGAUGUGUCACAGCGUUUUGAGACUGUUGCACUGUUAUUCUAUGAUAAACUUUUAGCAAUGUGAACUUAAUC